AUGAAAACGGACAUGAAACUAGGGACAUGGAACGUACGCACUCUGAGAAGAGCUGGGAGCCAGAGGCCAAUCGAUGAGGCCCUAGCCGCGCUGCAACUGGAUAUCGUUGCACUGCAAGAAAUGCGCUGGCUAGGAAGUGGUUCGCAGAACAGGCGUGGCAGCAGCUACGAUAUCUACUACAGCUGCCACGACCGCGACCACAUGCUUGGAACCGGCUUCGUCGUGGGUCUACGGCUGAAGCCGGCGAUCAUCGAUUUCCGGCCCGUAAACGAGAGCUACGUUAAACCCGGGCCGGGCCGACGAGUUCCGACGCGCACCUCGCCCAACAUCUACACAAGACUGCCGUUGCGGGACUUUACGCCCAACAGCUACGACAGCAUACUGAGCACCUCGCAGACGACCUCCUGCUCGUCGUCGUCGAACGGGGGCCACGCCACGUCGCAGAUCUACACCGACAAAUGUUGA